UUUGGAGAGUAGGAAGAGAGAGGGUCUCCUUAAAAGAGAGGAGGAGGAAAAGGAAGCAGGCAGGUCCUAGCCCCAGCCUGGGGCUAGUGCUAUGGCGUCCACUGCCCUGGGGAAGGUGCCAGGCUGGAGUCUUGGAAUGUGGGUGAUCGGGUGCCCACACCCUAGGAGGAGAGGCUGAGCAGCCCACGCCCACAGACAGCAGGGUGGAGGACAAUGGAGGAUAGGGGAUGCUGGGUCCCCCAGUGUGACCCCAAAGGACCCCAAACGUCUAUCACGUUGGGCCUCACCUCACCAGCCUUUCUGGGCAGAGUAUGGGAGAGGUGAGGGGGCUGGUCUGUCCCAGGGCACGGAGUAGCUGUAAUCACAGCAGCUGGCCCAGGAAAAACAACCCUGACCCCGCUCCAGACCCUGACCAAGGGAGGAAGGACACUGGUGGGGACACGCGAUGGGGCAAUGCUCCCGGAUUGUGGGGCCCACCGAGUGGGACGCGGGAACCGAGAUAGGGACGCCAAAGGCAGAAGCACGCCGCGAGAUGGCAGGGCUGCACGAGCCUGAGGAGCAGAGAAAGCACCAAAGAGGAGACAGUCUAGCUACCCAGCUCAGUCAAGUCAUGCAGGUACAAGAAGAUGAAGAUAACCUCAUACCCUUUGCCAAGUGUUCCAGGGUGGUCAGCCGAUCUCUAUACCCAGCCUUGCCUUCCCAGAGCCCCAGACCAAUGGCCCAGCGUUAUGGAUCUGUCUUCUGGGAGAGCCUUAGUCAAAGGCCCUGCCCUACAUGGAAAGAGGAAAAGUCCAUUCCAUCCAUGCUGAGAAUCACUGGUUUCUCCCUGCCUGGCCUACACUCUCCUGAGGGUCUUCCACCACCUGAGAUGCUUUGCCGAAGAAAGAGAAAGAGGCCACAUUCAGAGGGAAUGCAGCAAGGAGCUGGGGGCAUCCCUGCCCGGGUGAGGGCUGUCACUUAUCACCUAGAAGACUUAAGGAGGCGCCAGAGAACCAUCGAUGAACUUAAGAAGGCCCAGUGGGGCGGCUCUGCGGCUGCAUUUGAGCCUCUGGUGCUUGCUGAAGAGGGCUGUGGAUUCUCCAGCACCACUGAAUACCAUGAUCUGGAAGGAGAGAGGGCAACCUAUCCACAGGAAGAGGGCCAUUUGCUCACUCCUGGGAGGGCCCAGCUGCUUUGGUCUCCCUGGAGUCCCCUGGGCCAGAAGGCUUGCCCCUCCAGAGGGCUGCACUCGCUGGCCUCCUUCAGCACUGUCACAGCCAGUAGGAACCCCCUUUACAAUCCCUGGGGGACAGAGCUGGCGUCUGAGGAGUAAGGAGAGAACAGCUGCGCCCAGAUGUUGGUUGUCCCUUAGACACCAAAAACUAGUCCCAUCAGUAGAAUACCCCCCAUUGCUGACUUGAAGGCACUUUCUCCUCCUCAGCUCCUGCAACUACCUUUCUCAUCCUCCAAACUAGGCACUAACAGCCCCUCCCUGGGCCCCCAUCUCAACCACUCCUUUCCCAGGAGCUCACCAA